AUGACUAAAAACAAUUUAGCAGCCCAUCUCAAAUGGCUGUUGCAGCAGGGCCCUUCGCUGUACCCCUCCUUAUCUCCGUCCGCGCACGAGUCUCACAAUAACACUGCCGACCGAAAUCAACCUACUGCGCCGGUGCCACCAGCGGGGACCUUAGCGCACCAGCCAGAGGAUAUCCCUUUCCCGACCGAUGAUUUACAGCCGGAAGUCAAACCAGCAGAUACGGACCAUGUGGACGAAAAAGCGGAGGUAGAUUCGGACACAGUAGAUGGCGCGAUUGCUUCUUACUCCGGCUUCCGCACGCAAGCCGCGGAUGCUCAGUCUGUCAAAGGACGCUGGCGCACCCACUCCCAAACCUCUGAAAAGUAGCCAGUCCGUGAAGUCGCCUUUUAAGGGAAGAGAAAAUGGUCCAGACAGGGUUAUCAAAGACCUGCAAAGUCCCCGGUCUCCAUUGCGCAGCCCUAAAACGUCCUUGACACCGUUCGGAUCGAAGCAGCCUUUGAAUACAAACUCACCACUAUUUGAUUCCGACAUUGAUACAAUUGACUUGACUGGCGACUUGAAUCAGACAACGCUUUCGUCUGAUACAUUCGAUGGGUUCGAGGAGCCGCAACGAUUGUGGACCGAAGACGCUGCAUCCCGGAGAGAGCCUCUUGAAAAGCGUGGGAAGAAGCGGAAGAGCGACGAUUAUGUGUCAGACCUUGUUUCGCCCCGAAAGAACGGUUCGAAAACACGCUCGCCAUUGAAGGCUGUUGAGUCUGCGAAAACUCCCCGUUCUACCUCGACGCGUCUUCAGCCCGGAAAAUCGCCUCGCACGACCAGGAAGGACAUUUUAACUCGGGCUGAUGGUCCUUCGGGCCUUCCUUCGCUUUCACAGAGUUCUCGCGUGGGUCAUGUUAUCGCUGAUUCUGACGAUGACGACGGUGAUGAGAAUCUGUUUGAUGACUGGGUUCCCGAUGGAGACGGCCCAACCUUGAAUUCCAAUGAAUCACUCUAUCCAAUUUUGCCCAAUCAAGAUAGCUCAGAUGAACAUGCACCUCCUAGCCCUGCGAGAAAGAAGACCCGUGCUUCUCCAUGGGCACCUGAUGCUAUGGAUGUCGUCCCCUCCAGUAUCCUUCCACCCAGGAAAGACACCCACAUCAGCCCUAAACCCAUCACUCAUGUGCCUGCUACUACGGAUUCGCCUAGCUCUCAGCCUCAGAACGAAGAUGUGGCCAUGUUCCUGAGUCUCUCAGCUGACUCGCUUGAAGGAGCAAUUGCAACCCUGAAGAGCACUCUCACGAAGAACUCUGAGAUAGUGUAUGAGCGAGCAAUGAGGGGAGAGCUUGCUCCUGACUUGAUCGCUGAAAACAAGACCCUGACCGAUAGGAUCGAAGCGAUUAAUUUGCUCAAGCAGCAAAGGGUCACAUAUCAGUCGUAUGACUUGAAAAGGAACAAGCUCAAGAAAAGACUCAUGCAGGUUAUAACACAGGGCGGCGAUCCGUCCGAAAUGCCAGAGCUUGUGGAAAGUCGAGAAGCAACGACUCAGCUGCAAAAGGUUGAAUCAGAUAUACAACAUCUGCUAGCUCGAUCUAAAUUGCUGUCUAUUCCUUUAUUGGAUGUCCGCCCGCUGCGUUACAAGGCAGACCAUCCGACCACGUUAUCGCGCCCCUCGCCUGUUUUGAUUAGUGCAUUGGAUGACACAACAAUUUCGGGCGUGUCCUCGCGAUCACAUGCACCGUCAACAGUAGACUACAGCAACUCUCGUUCCGAGAUAUCCACUCGAGUGUCAGACCUGUCCUUCAAGAACACGAACGGGACCUCGAGCAUUAGAGCGUUCAACUAUGAUGACCCGACGACGCUGGACGAUGAUGACGCUUUUACUCGAACUAUGGGCUCACCCACGCGUCCUGCAGUAGACGCGGAUGAGUUCGACCUCGAUGACGAAGACAUGCUAGAAGCUGCUGGAUUCCUUGACGAAGGCUAUUCACUCGCAACCGACAACCACGGGUUUCAUAACCGCAAGGUCUUUGCUGAAACUUCCGGAAAUGCUUCGCGCACUCCUCUGUCGCAACCGAAAUCUCAGGGCCAUAACGCUCUGUGGAACCAACAUCCAUGGUCUAAGGACGUCAGAAAUGCUCUGAAAGACCGGUUCCAUCUUCGUGGGUUCCGUCUGAAUCAACUCGAGGCUAUAGAUGCGACGCUGAGUGGGAAAGAUACUUUCGUUUUGAUGCCCACCGGAGGAGGCAAGUCUCUAUGCUAUCAGCUGCCCUCUGUUGUCACUUCAGGCUCCACAAGAGGAGUCACGAUCGUGAUUUCCCCCUUGCUCAGCCUGAUGCAGGACCAGGUGUCGCAUCUGAAUCGCUUGAAUAUCAAGGCUUACCUGUUGAACGGAGAGACUCCGAAAGAGCAACGGCAAUGGAUCCUCAGCACGCUGUCGGGCUCCAUGGCGGAGGAAGACAUCGAACUAUUAUACAUCACCCCGGAAAUGGUCAACAAAAGUCAGGCCAUUACCAAAAGCUUGGAGAAGCUCAAUCGCAGUCGGAAGCUUGCACGUAUCGUGAUCGAUGAGGCGCAUUGUGUUAGUCAGUGGGGGCAUGAUUUUCGUCCUGAUUAUAAAGAGCUGGGAGAACUUAGGAAUCAGUUACCUGGAGUGCCAAUGAUGGCGCUAACUGCGACAGCCACCGAGAAUGUCAAGGUGGAUGUUAUUCACAACCUAAGAAUGGAAGGCUGUGAAGUGUUCUCUCAGAGUUUUAACAGGCCAAACUUGACGUACGAGGUACGGAUCAAAAAGAAGGGAACGGAGCUUCUGGCCAGCAUAGCCGAUACUAUCAAGACCUCCUACGCAAACAAAUCAGGCAUAGUCUAUUGUUUGUCGCGCAAGACAUGUGAAAAGGUCGCGAGCGGUCUCCGGGAUGACUAUCGCAUCAAAGCGGAACACUACCACGCCGGCAUGGAUUCGGCAGAGCGUGCGAAAAUACAACAGGACUGGCAAGCUGGAAGAACUCACGUUAUAGUGGCGACAAUCGCUUUCGGAAUGGGUAUCGACAAACCUGAUGUGCGUUUUGUGAUCCAUCACAGCAUUCCCAAGAGUCUGGAGGGAUAUUAUCAGGAGACGGGACGGGCAGGCCGAGAUGGCAAGCGGUCUGGCUGCUACCUCUAUUAUUGCUACAAGGAUACGAGCACUAUAUCUAGCAUGAUCGACAAGGGCGAGGGCAGCAAGCAACAGAAGAAUCGGCAACGGCAGAUGCUCCACAACGUGGUACAAUACUGUGAAAACAGGAGCGAUUGUAGGCGAGUACAAAUUUUUGCCUACUUUAAUGAAUACUUCCGCCGGCAAGACUGCAAUGCCUCAUGUGACAACUGCAAGUCCGACUCUGUCUUCGAGCUACACGACUUUUCCCACUAUGCUGUCUCUGCUAUUAAAGUUGUCCGCUACUUCCAAAGCAUCGAAGAUAAGGUUACUCUGUCAUACUGUGUGAACAUCUUCCGGGGAAGUGUGAAGAGGUUCAGGUCUCCACAACAUCGACAGGCACCUGGCUAUGGUGACGGUUCGGGCCUAGAACUAGGCGAAGCAGAACGACUAUUCCACAGACUUCUAGGCGAGGGGGCUCUUGUUGAAGAGAAUGUCGUCAAUGGAAGUAAAUUUGCCAUUCAAUAUAUCAAAGUGGGACGCCGUGCCGCUGAUUUCGAGAGUGGGCGGUGCAAACUAAAGCUUGACGUGCGAGUCUCGCCGAAUGGAAAGGCCAGGAAGUCCAAUUCGGGAUCACGAACUGAUGGCGGCAACAAAGAGUAUCAACCGCAAUCCACAAAUGUCUCGUCACCUGUACAAGCGGCAAACCAACGCCGUCUAUCUCGCUUCCGGUACCAAGGGGGCGCAGGCGACACCACGGACGAUGAUGCCGACAGUGAUGGGUUCGAAAGAGUACGAAUCGCCGGCAAACCAGCACAGGAGAGGCGUCGCACUCCCGGGCCGCCAAUCACCCAAGACCGUCGAUUUGAGCAGUUGGACCCUCUCCAUAAAGCGGUUGCGGAGGAUUUUAUGGUCUAUGCCAAGAACUAUUGUCAGGAUCUGGUCAUGCAGAAAGGCCUUCGCAACCAACCAUUUACUGACAGCGUCCUGCGCGAGAUGGUCAUCGUCUUCCCCAAAGAUAUGGCGGAACUUGCCACAAUCCCUGGUAUUGACCCGGACAAGGUGAACCGAUACGGAGGCCAAAUUCUGAAGCUUGUGCGCGACACGCAGCGCCGUUAUGCAGAGUUGAAGAAAGAGCAAGAUGAUGCUGAUGGGGUGGUUCCGGACCCCAACCAUCACAAUGUUAUUAACCUUACCAGCACUGAGGAUGAGUUCAGCGAUGGCGGAAUCUUUACGGAUCAUCCGUCUACAUUUAAUGUGGAUGAGACCCUGUCAAGUCGUUAUUUCUCUACCCAGAACACUGCUGGCCUCGACUCCGACGACGAGGAUGAUGGCCCCGGAAAGUCCAGUAGACCUCGGGCUCGGAAGCGUCAAACAACCAAACGCCCUCGCCGCCAAAACGCUGCCCCUAGAUCCAGGGCAAAAUCGACGGGAGCCCGCAGAAAAUCUGGUGAUCGUGCUGACAAUCGCUCCUCUGCCCCUCGGAAAACGACCAAAGCGAAACCCUCAACUAGUCGAAUAGGGAUGAUGCCCAUCUAA